UUUCUUUCCAACCGGAGGGCGAACCUUGCUCCCUAAGCCGUUCCGUGUCGGGGGAGGGUGUGUGUGGCCCUGUCCCCCACCCCUUGGGAACCCGAGAACAAGCCCCUUCCCGGCCGGGGAAGAGGGGGUGGGGUGGCGCCCAGGGUGCAGAAGGCAGCGCGUCCUCCCGAGCCCACUUCGGCGCCAGCCUCGGCUUAGGCUCUGUCCUGCCAUCGGCUUGCCCAGGAGGUGCAAGCUUGCGCACCGGUGCCAUCCACGCCGACCUUUGACGGGGCUCGGGUCCCACCCUGGCUCCCGGUCGGGGUCCGGGUGGACGCCCUCCGGCACGCGCAGGGCAUGCCCGGCCCCAGAGCACGGUCUGGAAGCAGCUUGUGUCUCGGGCGCGGGGUCUGGGGUGGGAGUAACAGGGAGAGAGAGAGAGAGAGACGGAGAGAGAGAGGGAGAGAGAGAUAGACACGCAGGUAGGUUUCGGGCACUCGGGUAGGGGGAGGACUAGGGGCUCUGAAGGAAUCCAGCCCCCGGAGCGGUGUGUGCCUAAGGCCUUGCCGUACCUGUGCCCGCGCCCUGCAAGAGGAAGCACCUCUCUCCCCCGCAUGCAGGGUGCGGAGCGCGCCGCCUGCAAAAGCCUAGCUACACGGGAGAUGGGGUAUAAAAACAUCUGCGGGAGCGCUGGGGUCGGAGCGGUCCCCACCCCUCCCAGCCUCACGUAGCCGUGAGUUGGCAAGUCUACCCGGAAUCCAGGGGGACCCCAUUCCCGAGGAGCUCUAUGAGAUGCUGAGUGACCACUCGAUCCGCUCCUUCGAUGAUCUCCAGCGCCUGCUGCACGGAGACCCCGGAGAGGAAGAUGGGGCCGAGUUGGACCUGAACAUGACCCGCUCCCACUCUGGAGACGAGCUGGAGAGCUUGGCUCGUGGAAGAAGGAGCCUGGGUUCUCUGACCGUUGCUGAGCCGGCCAUGAUCGCUGAGUGCAAGACGCGCACCGAGGUGUUCGAGAUCUCCCGGCGCCUCAUAGACCGCACCAACGCCAACUUCCUGGUGUGGCCGCCCUGCGUGGAGGUGCAGCGCUGCUCCGGCUGCUGCAACAACCGCAAUGUGCAGUGCCGCCCCACCCAGGUGCAGCUGCGACCUGUCCAGGUGAGAAAGAUCGAGAUUGUGCGGAAGAAGCCAAUCUUUAAGAAGGCCACGGUGACGCUGGAGGACCACCUGGCAUGCAAGUGUGAGACAGUGGCGGCUGCACGGCCUGUGACCCGAAGCCCGGGGGGUUCCCAGGAGCAGCGAGCCAAAACGCCCCAAACUCGGGUGACCAUUCGGACGGUGCGAGUCCGCCGGCCCCCUAAGGGCAAGCACCGGAAAUUCAAGCACACGCAUGACAAGACGGCACUGAAGGAGACCCUCGGAGCCUAGGGGCAUCGGCAGGAGAGUGUGGGCAGGGUUAUUUAAUAUGGUAUUUGCUGUAUUGCCCCCAUGGGGUCCUUGGAGUGAUAAUAUUGUUUCCCUCGUCCGUCUGUCUCGAUGCCUGAUUCGGACGGCCAAUGGUGCUUCCCCCACCCCUCCACAUGUCCGUCCACCCUUCCAUCAGCGGGUCUCCUCCCAGCGGCCUCUGGCGUCUUGCCCGGCAGCUCAAGAAGAAAAAGAAGGACUGAACUCCAUCGCCGUCUUCUUCCCGUGACUCCAAGAACUGGGGAUAAGAGUGUGAGAGAGACUGAUGGGGUCGCUGUUUGGGGGAAACAGGCUCCUUCCCCUGCACCUGGCCUGGGCCACACCUGAGCACUGUGGACUGUCCCGAGGAGCCCUGAGGACCUCUCAGCAUAGCCUGCCUGGUCCCUGAACCCCUGGCCAGCUCUGAGGGGAGGCACCUCCAGGCAGCCCAGGCUACCUCGGACUCCGUGGCUAAGACCACAGACGGGCACACAGACUGGAGAAAACCCCUCCCACGGUGCCCAAACACCAGUCACCUCGUCUCCCUGGUGCCUCUGUGCACAGUGGCUUCUUUUUGUUUUCGUUUUGAAGACGUGGACUCCUCUUGGUGUGGCCAGCACACCAAGUGGCUGGGUGCCCUCUCAGGUGGGUUAGAGAUGGGAGUUGGCUGUUGAGGUGGCUGUAGAUGGUGACCUGGGCAUCCCCUGCCUCCUGCCACCCCUUCCUCCCCACACUCCACUCUGAUUCACCUCUUCCUCUGGUUCCUUUCAUCUCUCUACCUCCACCCUGCAUUUUCCUCUUGUCCUGGCCCUUCAGUCUGCUCCACCAAGGGGCUCUUGAACCCCUUCUUAAGGCCCCAGAUGAUCCCAGUCACUCCUCUCUAGGGCAGAAGACUAGAGGCCCGGGCAGCAAGGGACCUGCUCAUCAUAUUCCAACCCAGCCACGACUGCCAUGUAAGGUUGUGCAGGGUGUGUACUGCACAAGGACAUUGUAUGCAGGGAGCACCAUUCACAUCAUAGAUAAAGCUGAUUUGUAUAUUUAUUAUGACAAUUUCUGGCAGAUGUAGGUAAAGAGGAAAAGGAUGCUUUUCCUAAUUCACACAAAGACUCCUUGUGGACUGGCUGUGCCCCUGAUGCAGCCUGUGGCUUGGAGUGGCCAAAUAGGAGGGAGACUGUGGUAGGGGCAGGGAGGCAACACUGCUGUCCACAUGACUUCCAUUUCCCAAAGUCCUCUGCUCCAGCAACUGCCCUUCCAGGUGGGUGUGGGACACCUGGGAGAAGGUCUCCAAGGGAGGGUGCAGCCCUCUUGCCCGCACCCCUCCCUGCUUGCACACUUCCCCAUCUUCGAUCCUUCUGAGCGCCACCUCUGGUGGCUCCUCCUAGGAAACCAGCUCGUGGGCUGGGAAUGGGGGAGAAAAAGAGAAAGAUCCCCAAGAUCCCCCAGGGGUGGGGUCUGAGCUCCCACCUCCCUUCCCACCUACUGCACUUUCCCCCUUCCCACCUUCCAAAACCUGCUUCCUUCAGUUUGUAAAGUCGGUGAUUAUAUUUUUGGGGGCUUUCCUUUUAUUUUUUAAAUGUAAAAUUUAUUUAUAUUCCGUAUUUAAAGUUGUAAAAAAAAAAAUAACCACAAAACAAAACCAAA